UCAGCAAACGAUGUUGGUGGUGGUUCAAUCAAACUCGUAACCAUUAGAAGAAGAAGAAGAAGAAAGAGAAUGGAUUCGAUAAUCAACGCUGCGGUUGAAGAGAUAUGCGCGCACGUUGAAGAAGGACUCACUCUUAAAACCCUAUGGUUGAAACUCGAAGCCUCACCUUCUCUUUCAUCUUCAAACAUCAAUCUCUCUCACACCGUCAAAAGAAUCAUAUGGAAAAACCUCCUCACCAUUCCCACUCUCCGAUUCGAACCCAAACCCUCUUCGUCGGAACUCGAAGACGCCGACGAGAAUCUCGAUUUCAAGAUCUUCGCUCAACAGAGCCUCGCCGAUAACUUCGUCGGUCUUUACGAGUCACAGUCUCUCCAAAGCGCACAGAAGCGCGUGCUUCGCCUUCUCGCUAAUGCUAGAUCCAACGGCAUUACUCAGAGUCAGCUUGCUAAGCAAUUGCACAUGGAUGGAAAUAACUUCCAUUACGUUUUGAGGAACCUUGAGUGUCAAGGCUUGAUCGUUAAACACUCUGCUAUUGAGAAGAAGAAACAAAUCUCCACUCAUGGUGAAUCGAAGAAUUAUCCGUGUGUAGCUACGCAUUUAGUGUACUUGCAUCGCUAUGCGAAACAGCAACUUUCUUCUCAUCAGAGGUUUGAAUUUGAAAUCACUAAAUGUAACACCUCUGAGGAUGUUGAUGAGGAUGCUGAUGGAGCCACGCUGCAAAGAGAUGUCCUUCUUAAGGAUUAUGCGCCUCAAAUCAAAGCUAUUUGUGAUAAACUUGCAAACGCCAAUGGCAAGGUUCUUCUUGUGUCUGAUAUUAAGAAGGAUCUUGGUUAUUGUGGAUCGCGUCCAAGACAAAGGGCUUGGAGACAAAUUUCUGGCAGGUUGAAAGCGGAUCAUAUUGUAGAGCAGUUCGAUGCUAAGGUGAAUGGCAAGAUUGAGGCUUGCCUGCGGCUUCUUGACCCAAUAACUGCUGGAUCUGAAAAUAAAGAUAAAAACUUGAAUCCUGGGAAAAUAUGUAAAGUCAUUGAUCAGUUUGUGGAGCUUCCGAUUGAGCAUCAAAUUUUGGAUAUGAUUGAUGCUGCAGGAUCAGGUGGCAUUACAAUAAAGGAGAUCUGCCAAAGGCUUGGGAUUGAACUGAAAAAGAGCCACAUUCGACUUGUAAAUUUGUGCUAUAGACUUGGAAUGAAAGUGCAGGAAGAACAAUGCUUGAAGACCAAAACAGUUCGAGUUUGGACAUCCAGAAAUUUCAACCCUGGACCAGAAGUUGCACUUAUUUGCAAUAUUGGUGAAAAUAAAAGUCCAGAUCAACAUGUGCCUGAUGGUUUUUCAAAAAUUUCUGAAUUUGAGGCUUCAACUUUCAGUGGAGAACUUGCUGACCCUUCAAAAUUGGAAGAUAUUGAAACUGGUGCAGAACUAUUUUCUGAAUCUCCAAGAAAUAUAGAGUCUAACUAUGUAGAAAUGCCUACAAACUUGCAAGAGUUGCCACUUGAUCCAAGGGGUAUUGUUUCUAACAGCGAACAUGAUUUGGUCAGUUUAUCAGUUGAGACAGACAUUGCACCAUCAGGAGCUUCUCCAUCUGAUGUAUUGAAACCAUUCUCUACUGGAUCAUCUCAAAGAUAUGCAAAUUUAUCUUUCUCUGUGGAUAACACUAGAAGGGCAAAUAGGAUACUUGAAAGACUAAAGGAUGAGAGGUUCAUUUUGAGACCUGAGAUAAAUAGGUGGCUUAUUAGCUUUGAGAAGGAUAAAUCUACAAAAUUGGAUCGCAAGACUUUAGACCGAAUAUUGUCUAAACUUCAGGAGCAAGGGCAAUGCAAAUGCAUAACAGUACAUUCCCCAGUUAUUUCAGAAUAUUCCAGGACAAAAGAUUGUGUGGUGGUUGUGCAUCCAUUGAUAAGUCUAUCUCCUGAAUUAUUUGAUGAAAUUCAAGAUAGAGUGAGAUCAUUUAAUAAUUAUAUUCGCAGCAAAAGUACUUCUCAUCAGAAUAAAGAUGAAUUGAUACCUGUAAUCGAGGAUAUUCAGAAAACUCAAAGCGUUAUAGUUCCAGAUGGGCGGGCUGGUAAAGCAGAAGCCAUGCGUGCUAAUGGAUUUGUAUUAGCAAAAAUGAUUCGUGCAAAGCUGCUGCACAGUUUUCUUUGGGAUUAUCUGCAUACGUCAGCAAGCCAUAAUGAUGCAUUAUCAUCCGAAAAAAGUGUCUAUGAGCUAAAUAAUAAUCCUCAUAGUAGCAGCAAACUAUUUUCUCUGGAAGCAGCUAUUAAAGCAAUUCCAGUUGAACUAUUCUUACAAGUUGUUGGGUCCAGUAAAAAAUAUGAAGAAAUGAUUGAAAAGUGCAAGAUGGGUUUACGUCUCUCUGAUCUUCCACCUGAGGAGUACAAGUGCUUAAUGGAUACUCAUGCAACUGGAAGGCUGUCAUUAGUUAUUGACAUUUUACGGCGGUUAAAGUUGAUUCGGAUGGUAACUGAUUCGCAAUCUAGAGAUGGAGUUAAAACCCCUCAUACUUUAACUCACAUGAUGGAGCUUAGGCCUUACAUUGAGGAACCCCUUUCAAAGGAUGCAGCAUCUUUAAAUUUUAUAUCCCUUGAUCUUCGACCAAGAAUCAGACAUGAUUUUAUUCUGUCUAAUAGAGAUGCAGUUGAUGAAUAUUGGCAAACGUUGGAGUAUUGCUAUGCCGCUGCUGAUAAAAAAGCUGCUUCAUAUGCAUUUCCUGGAUCUGUGGUUCAUGAGGUUUUCCGCUUCCGUUCAUGGGCACAUACUUGUCUCAUGACAGCAGAACAACGUGCUGAGCUUUUAAAGCGUGUAACGAUGGAUAAUGAUAGAGAAAAAAUUUCAUACAAGGACUGUGAGAAGAUUGCAAAUGAUCUGAAUCUUACCUUGGAGCAGGUGCUUAGUGUGUAUUCUAGUAAGCGACGCCAUUGCCUUAAUCUGUUCAAAGAUGAAGAGAACGAGAAUAAUUCACUUGGACGCAAGGGUAAACACAGUAAAAAAAAUUCUACUGAGUUGAGGGCAGCAAAGCGUGCAAAAAUGGAUGCAGCUACUGAGGUUGUGGGUGUGCGUGAAGAAGAAUAUAAUUUGGGUGUCCAUUCAGGAGAUGAUGCCACCCAUAUGCAAGAAUUUGAGGAGGAUGAUUAUGAAAUUGAGGGUUCUCAGGACCAUUGUCCCCUUAUAAGCCAGUGCGUCUUAUCCAAAAUGAAGCCAACACGUCAAAGGAGAUUCAUAUGGUCAGACGAAACUGAUAGGCAAUUGGUGAUCCAAUAUGUUAGACACCGUGCUGCUCUUGGUGCUAAAUAUCAUCGCAUAGAUUGGGGCUCACUUUCUGAUCUUCCAGCUCCUCCAAGCGUCUGUAUGAGAAGAAUGAAUUCACUGAAUGGUAACUUAAGAGUUAGGAAAGCUGUGAAUAGACUCUGUAACAUGCUCAGUGAACGAUAUGCAAAGCAGCUGGAGAAGUCCCAAAACUUGUCAUUAAGCAAAAAUGAUCGCAGAGAGUUAGUGCGAUCCCAGUCUAGUAAAGGUGUUCAGAAUAAUUUCAAUCCUGAUGUUGAAAUUCAAACGACAAGUCUAAAUGGAGAAGCUUGGGAUGACUUUGACAACAAAAGCAUCAAGACAGCCCUUGAUGAGAUUCUUCGCUGCAAGAGGAUGGCUAAGCUGGAUGCCUCCACCCAGAAAGUUCAAUCGCAAUUUAAAGGGUGGUCAGAUACAAAUCCGAAUGCUGAUGGAUAUGAAACUCGAGAAAACAAAGAAAUUACAUCAGCUAUUCCUAGUGAGAUUGUUCAAAGCCAUCAUGGGAAGCCCCAUACAUUUUCUGCCCAAAGAUCUAGUCGUCGACGGCUUGAUAAAAAAUUUACUAGGUUUAUGAAUAAUAGGGCUAAUGUUUAUGGACAGGUAUACGAAUCGUUGGCUGUUUCAAAUGCUGUGGAGCUAUUUAAGCUUGUUUUCUUAAGCACCUCCACAGGUCCACAGGCACCAAAUUUACUAGCUGACAUUCUUCGGCGUUAUUCUGAGCAUGAUCUGUUUGCUGCAUUCAACUACCUUAAAGAGAAAAAAAUCAUGGUUGGGGGCUGCGGCAAUGAACGUUUUGAAUUAUCACAACAGUUCUUGCAUAGUGUUUCGAAGUCACCAUUUCCAUUGAAUACUGGAAAGCGAGCUGUUAAAUUUUCUGCAUGGCUGCAGGAAAGGGACAAAGACCUCACAGAAGUGGGUACUAAUCUUGCUGAAGACCUACAGUGUGGGGACAUUUUUCAUUUGUUUGCUUUACUCUCGUCAGGUGAACUUUCAAUUUCGCCAUGCUUACCAGAUAAUGGUGUUGGAGAGGCUGAAGACUUGAGAAAUGCAAAGCGUAAAUCUGAUACUAGUGAGUCAUCCUUUAGUGAUAAAGCUAAGAAAUUGAAAUCCUUGUUUGGAGGAGAAGGUGAAAUUAUUUCUCGCCGGGAAAAAGGUUUUCCUGGUAUCGUCAUUUCUGCGUGCCGUGCUACGAUUUCAAGAGCUGAUAUUUUAGAUUUGUUCAAGGAUAAUGAUAACAACGGCCAGCCUUUUGAGGGGAAUUUUCAAUCAAAUGUAGGCCAAAGCAGUGAUUAUUUGCUUCCUGAUGAUAUGCCAGAAAUCUUGAACUCUUCUGAUCCUGUACCUGUGGAAGAAAGUCAUAUUGAAUCACCUUGGGAAGCUAUGGCAGGCUAUGCACGACGUUUGAUGUCAGUGCCUUCCAAUCAAGAACAAAUGCGUGCCAUCUGUGCUGAGGUCUUCAGGGUUGUAUAUGCUGCCAUCCAGAAGGCUGGUGACCAAGGAUUAAGCAUGGAAGAAGUUUCUCAAGUUAUAAACUUGCCAGGAGCAGAGGUAGAUGGACUGAUUAUUGAUGCUCUUCAAACAUUUGGACAAGCCUUAAAGGUCAAUGCUUAUGAUUCUGUUCGUGUUGUUGAUGCUUUAUACCGUCACAAGUACUUUUUGACACCUAUGUCUGGUUUUCAUCAAGGUGUUGUACAACCUUCCUUAACAAAGACCUUUGAAAAAAAUGAGGAUACAUGUAAGCAUAACAAAUCAGAAGAAAGUAAUACAGCUUGUGCUGAUAUUAUGAGGGAAAGAAACACUGGGGUUAAUAACGUGCACAAAGUGACAAUUCUUAAUCUUCCACAUGGGGAUGUGGAUCCUGAAAAUCAAGCAUGUGACAGGAACGAAGGCUGUAUGCAAGGCAGACUUGUUUUGUCCAGAGCCGAUCAUGAGAAAGAAAUGCUCAAAUUUUCUUCUGCUGAAUUAUGUGUGCCAAUAUUGCCAUGGAUCAAUGGGGAUGGCACCAUUAACAACAUUGUCUACAACGGACUCAGACAUCAUGUUCUUGGAAUAGUGAUGCAAAACCCAGGGAUAUUGGAGGUUGAUAUUCUAAAUCAGAUGCAUGUGAUGAAUCCACAGAGCUGUAGAACUCUUUUGGAAUUGAUGGUUCUUGAUAAACACCUAAUUGUGAGGAAGAUGCAUCAAAGUAGAGUUGAUGGGGGCUCCUCCUUGCUACAGGAUCUUAUCGGAAGCAAAUCAAAUCAAUCAAAAUUGGUUUACCGAGAGCAUUACUUUGCCAAUCCCAUGAGUACUUCCUUGUUGUAGGGAAAUCUGUGGCUGGGGACAUGUAAAGUCAAUAGAUAUUAUGUAUAUAUAUGUACAAAUACAAGUAUGGGCAAUUUGGGAUACUGGUCUUGUGUUUAUAUUGGUAAAAUUAAAACUUAGGUAAUCAUAGUCAAUAUAUUUAAGAUUAGCAUUUUGGAGUUUGUAAGCGUGGUUGCUGUAAUCCUAUUUUAGUAAAACCAGGUUUGGUAAGAAACAUAU